AUGGGACAACUCCAGGGAAAGUCUGUUGCAAUCAAAGUUGUAGGCCGUAAACACAGCGCCGAAGCGGCAAUCAAGGACUUUAGUCGAGAGGCGACGUUGUGGAGACAAUUCCAUCAUCCAAACGUACUCCAAUUAUUUGGUGUGUUCCUUUGGGCCAAAGGUUCAGAUCAGAAUAUAUCCCUUAUAUCGCCAUGGAUGGAAAAUGGGAACCUUACUCAAUACCUUGAGAAAUACCCACACGCAGAUAAAAUGCCUUUUAUCUUGGAUAUCAGCCUUGGCCUAGAAUAUCUCCAUACGUUUAGCCCUGCAGUUAUUCACGGAGAUCUCAAAGGCACCAACAUCCUCAUUACCGGUUCUCGCAGGGCAUGCGUUGCUGACUUUGGUCUCGGUACAUUACAAGAUCCCAUAGGUUCCGAGAGGUUAACCUCUUCUGCUUUCAAGAUGGGUCCCAUCUUGUUUUUGGCUCCGGAAUUGUUAGGAUCUCUAGCAGAAGACAUCCACAAGGACGAAACUGGUGAACCGACUGUUGGGCCAUCGGAUCAAAGGUUUCAGCCAUGUGGGAAGACAUUAGCCUCCGAUAUUUACGCCUUUGGUUGUGUUUGCUAUCAAGCAUAUUCGGGACAUCCAAGAUUUUAUCGACUCUCCCUCUUUGAUGCUAUCAUAUCUGCACGCGAAAAUCGGCCAGUACAGAAACCAACAGGGAUGAUGGAGACAGUGUGGUCAUUAGUCCAGUCAUGUUGGCAAGUGAUCCCAACGAAGCGCCUCACGAUCAAGGUCAUUAUUUCCUCCUUGAGGCAAAGCGACACCCGUGGAGUAGGCUCACUGCCGGCUUCAUAUCACAUUAAUCCGACAAUCGCGCCAAAUGUUACUCAACCCUCACACUCCGUUCCAAUGGAAGGUCACGUCGAUCCUUGCAAAAACGGCGAGUUGACUUCAAGUCCCCUUUCAAUGGCAGAUACACCCCUCCCACAGCCAAAUAUCGGGAACUCAAGCGGCCGCGCUGCAACAGCUCCGCAAGUGCCACACAAUGAUCUUCGCGUUUUAGAGAAGGAUAUCGUUAUUGCGUUAAUGGGUCCAAGUGGGUCAGGAAAGAGCUCAUUCAUCAACAAAUUGAUGGGACAAUCUGUUGCGUACGUCAAUGAUUCGGUUGAAUCUUGCACCCAAGAAGUGCAAGCAUUCGUCUGCUUACACCCUGACGGUUCUGAACGCAAAAUUGUUCUCAUCGAUACUCCCGGUUUUGACGAUUCCGGACGCACUGAUUAUGAAAUUCUCAAGAUCAUUACCGAAUGGUUAGUGAAGACUUACAAGCAGCGCAUCAAGCUGUCCGGCAUCAUUCAGCUCUACAGUAUUGCAGACGCUAGAAUGCGGGGAACUCCUUUGAGAAACCUGAAGAUGUUUGAGGAGCUGUGCGGCUCCGACGGGUUGGUGAACGUUAUUCUUACGACUACGUUCUGGAGCCAAGUCACCCCCGAUGUCGGUUCCCAACGCGAGGAACAACUCAAGUCCGAGUUUUGGGCAGAAAUGAUAAGACACGGCUGCAAGGUCGCGCGCUUCGAUUCCUGGUCGUAUGAGACUGCAUGGAAAAUCAUCGAUCUAUUGAAUGUCGCAGCUCCCCGUCGGCGCGCCUUGAAGCUCCAGAUUGAGAUUGUAGAUGAAAAGAAAAACCUUUCGAAAACUUCAGCGUUCGGGGUACUUGUGCAGUGGUGGGACCACAUUGCUCAGAAAAUGAGGGGCAUGUCGAUAAAGGAGGUGAUCCACGCAAAGAAGCAGCGAAUGGCGUUGAAGGGGAUGCGGUCUCCAAGUGAGGCUUUUAUGAAUGUGGUCUGGAGGGCGGAUCGAUGA